UCGAAUAAAACCCGAGUGAACGUUGUAACCGUCGUCGCUCCCGCGUUCGAAUUACGAAAACUUUUUAAAAAAUGCGUCGUUCCAGAAUUUGGAACGUUUUUUGAAUUAGUUAUUUUUCCGUUGGUUUAUAAUCUGUGAAGAUGAGUUGGUUAAUGAACUUUGUGAUGAAGUGGUCACUGUUGUUUGUACUCGGAGUUUCAGUGUUGUUUCGAUGUACGGAUUCUGUCGAUCUGCCACGGUUCGUAGGAGCAGGCUCCAACGUCACCGUGGCAGUCGGCAGAGAUGCUGCCCUCACAUGUAGAGUUGAUAAUUUACAAUCGUUUAAGGUGGCGUGGCUUCGGGUAGACACACAGACAAUCCUAACAAUAGCUGCUCACGUCAUCACCAAGAACCACCGCGUCAGUGUCAGCCACGGAGAUGGUGCCUGGACGCUCACUCUCAAAGAGAUCGGACCAUCUGAUGGUGGCAGAUACAUGUGCCAGGUCAACACAGAGCCUAUGAUGAGCCAGACACAUCAACUACAAGUUGUAGUGCCACCAGACAUCGAUGAUGACGCGAGUAGUAGUGAGGUGCUGGUGAAAGAAGGUGAUAACGCGGCACUGAGGUGUGUUGCUUCUGGCGUUCCGCCGCCCAACAUUGCCUGGAGGAGAGAAGAUUCUAGACACUUCAAGAUUAACAACCAAACACUAGUGUCCAAAUGGACGGGCCAGUGGUUGAACCUAACUGGCGUCGAACGAGUGCUGUCAGGAGCGUACCUGUGCAUCGCCACAAACGGAGUGCCUCCUUCAGUCAGCAAGAGAAUCCUGAUUAAUGUGAUAUUUGCCCCGUCAGUAUGGGCGGGCAGAGUUGCUAUACGGGCACCCUCUGGCGGUUCUGUCACUCUCCAGUGCACUGCUGAAGCGUAUCCAGUCCCUCAGGUCCACUGGACUCUGAAUGGAGAGCAGCGGCUUGUGAAUGGUUCAAAACACAGGUUGAGCAUGACAACUAGAGGGUACCGUCACACUGUGAGCCUAAUGGUGGUGGAGAUGUCCAGGGAAGACGCCGGAGCAUACAGAUGUCAUGUGGAGAACAGCCAGGGGAGAGCACAGGCUGAACUAUUCUUACAUUUGUUGACGACCACAACGACAACGACUACAACCACUACGACGACUACAACAACAACUACAACUACUACCACGUUACCGCCGCCGACAACAACGCUGUUACCAUAUGACACAGAAAGACAUUUGGAGCAGCUGCAUCGCGGAGUGCUGGAAGAUCCAGGUCUCGACAACCCGUAUAUUGUUCUAAGCCAACACCAAAUGCAGAACCUUGAAAUGGUGACGACGAUGUGACCUCCGGCAGGGGCGCGCGGCCAGUGGCGCGACGGCUGGCCGCCGCUGCACGACCGUGCGAGCCCCUGCACCGCGAGCUGGACCUGCCUCGGCCUCGCCCUCGCCAUAGUGCUCCAAGCGUGACAUUGAACAAACCAGUGAUAAAACAAAGGUUGUUGAAACGGCUUUCACCAUACAAAAUAUCGUUUGUGACGUAACGUUACCUACCAGUACCCACGAAACUAUGACUUUGUAAAUUAUAAUUGUAAUGUUUAAUUAAACAACGACUGCUGAUCACAAUUUUGUAUUGUUUACUGUAUAUAUUUUAGGGUCGAUUAUUAUAGACGUGGCUGUAAAUAAUUUUGCACGAAGAUAGUCAUAUCAAUUUAUAGGACACGAUUAUAAAUAAAGUAUUGAUUUUUUUU